GUCACGGGAAGUGAAGCGCAGAGCUCCUUCCGGUAGUGCGUAAGCCCCGAGCGGAGCCGAGACCCAGCGGAGCCUGAAUCCCAAUAAGACAAGAUGGCCGGGCUGCCCCGCAGGAUCAUCAAGGAAACCCAGCGCUUGCUGGCAGAACCUGUUCCUGGAAUAAAAGCGGAGCCAGAUGAAAGCAACGCACGUUAUUUUCAUGUGGUCAUUGCAGGCCCACAGGAUUCUCCCUUUGAGGGUGGGACAUUUAAACUUGAACUAUUCCUGCCAGAAGAAUAUCCAAUGGCAGCUCCGAAAGUACGUUUCAUGACCAAAAUUUAUCAUCCUAACGUAGACAAAUUGGGAAGAAUAUGUUUAGAUAUUUUGAAAGACAAAUGGUCUCCAGCUCUGCAGAUCCGUACAGUUCUGCUAUCAAUCCAGGCUUUGUUAAGUGCUCCCAACCCAGAUGAUCCACUAGCAAAUGAUGUAGCUGAGCAGUGGAAGACCAAUGAAGCCCAAGCCAUAGAAACAGCCAGAGCAUGGACUAGGCUAUAUGCCAUGAAUAAUAUUUAAAAUGUGCUCUGAAUCAGUGUGCAUCACUUUUUCCUGUUCUGCCAAGACCUCUUCCUUUUUUUUUGUUUUUUUGUUUUGUUUGCAUUUAAUGGACACAGUCUUAGAAAACAUUACAGAAUAAAACCCAGACAUCAGUUCUUUGGUGAUUUAAAUGCAUACUAGCAAAUCUGUGUCUUGUCCUAAUUCACUCCUGUUCCGCAUGAGCAGAGGCUAGAAGUAUCAUCGGGAUUGUUUGUGAAAUUGUUUAAAAGCAGUAGCACAUCUCUGCUUUUAAUAAGUUUUCCCCAUCAUGAGUUAAGUGUAAGCACUGUGAAUGAAAGUAGUCAGGGUUAGCUGCAGGGAUUUUUGUUCUAAUUGUGUGGGCUCUUCCUCCCUUUUUUAUGGUGAUGCUAAUUGUAUCGGUUAAAGCAGCUAACCAGUUAUACUCUAGAAUAUGCCCUCUAGCCAAGUCUAACUUAGACGCUGUAGAUGGACAAGCUUGGCUGUUUGAACAAAAAUGGGAACAUUAAACAUCCAUCACUAAUAAUAUUGUGAUUCUGCUGUCAAGUGUAAAAACCCUCCCUUCAAGAAAAGAAAAAAAAAGCUUGUGACCAUUUUGUAUGGCUUGUCUGAAAAAUCUUCUGUAAAUCUUAUGUUUUAGUAAAAUAUUUUGUUAUUCUA